AUGUCUUCCAGGCAAAUGAAUGCAUCUAACAGAGAAACCACCACCACUGUUACUCACUUUAUUCUCCUGGGAUUUCCCUCCAGUCCAGAAAUGCAGCUCCUAUACUUUGGGCUCUUCUCAACAACAUACACCCUGACCCUGACAGGCAAUGGGCUCAUUGUCUUUUCUGUGUUGUUGGACAGGCACCUUCACACCCCCAUGUACAUCCUCCUGGGAAAUUUCUCUCUCCUGGAAAUGUGCUAUGUCACCACAACUGUUCCAAACAUGUUGGCCAACCUCCUGUCCACAAACAAGUCCAUCUCCUUCCUAAGUUGUUUUGCACAGUUCUAUUUCUUCUUCUCUUUUGGGUAUGAUGAAGGCUUCUUCCUUUGUGCCAUGGCCUUUGACAGGUACUUGGCCAUCUGCCGUCCUCUGCAUUACCCAUGCAUCAUGACUAAGCAGCUCUACAUUAGUCUUGUCAUUUUGGGAUGGUUAUUUGGAUUCACGCUCUACCUAGCUCCAGUUGUCCUCAUUUCAAGGUUGCCAUUUUGUGGCCCAAAUAUGAUCAACCACUUUGUGUGUGAUCCUGUCCCUUUGAUGAUGCUGUCGUGUUCUGAAGACAUAAUCACUCAGCUCCUUUACUUGACUUUCAAUGCUUUUUUCAUAAUUGGUACUUUGAUCUUUAUCCUUUGUACCUAUUUUCUGGUGAUUCGAGCUAUACUACAGAUGCCCUCCACAGCAAGUAAACACAAGGCUUUCUCCACUUGUGCUUCUCAUUUGGCAGUUGUGACACUGUUUUAUGGUCCUAUAAUCAUGAUGUAUGUUAGUCCUAGGUCAGGACACCCAGAGAAAAUGCAAAAAAUCAUUACUCUGUUUUAUUCUGUGAUAACACCUCUCUGCAAUCCUCUAAUAUAUAGCCUCCGAAACAAGGAGAUGAAGGCUGCCCUGCGGAAAAUCUUCAGGACUGAACAAAGUGUUCAUAAAAUGUAAAUGAGAGUCAAUCCCACCUCUCAAAUUCAACUCAACUUAAUGAGACACGAGUGUUAUUUUUUUUCUCUUUUUCCCCUUUCUUUUUGUUUUUAUUGCCACCAGCAUUGUUGCUGGGGCUCAGUGCCUGCACAACAAAUCCACCACUCUGGGUGUUUUUUUUUUUUUUUUAAUAUAGGACAGAGAUAAAUUGAGGAGGAGAGAGAAAGAAAAGUAGAUACCUACAGACCUGCUUUACCACUUGUAAAACCUGCCCCUUGUAGUAGGGAACUGGUGCUCUAACCUGAGUCCUUGAUGUUGGUAAUGAGUAUGCUUAGCCAGAUAUGCCACCACCCACUCCAAAGUUGUUUUGUUUUUAUGUUUUUUCUUUUGUUUUGUUUUUCUGCCAAAGCCUAUGGCAACCUCUAGCUUCUGGCAGGACUGCAGUUUGAACCUGGAACUCUUGGUGCCUCAGACAUGAAGGUCUUUCUACUUAGACACUUUACUAUGUAACUAAUCUAAUAUCUUCUUCUAUCAAUUCUUUAUCUCAGUAAGAAACUGCUAUAACAA